UUUCUGGAUAGAAUUAUUGGUUUUAAAAAAAUUAGCAUAAUCUCAUUAAUCUGGACAGUGGACACCUGUGCCUGUCGUGCCACGUGGUUAACUUAGUGAUGGUCCUGAUGGAGAUGGACGACGGAGUCACGGAGAUGGAUGCCAAGCUCCUUUUCAUCUUAGAUUUAAGCGGCCUUUCCUCCCUUCUUCCUCCAGAUAUUUUGUUCUCCUUAUCCUGUAGAAUAUUAAUGGGCACUAAUGCCAAACAUAUUAAAUGGAACUACGGUGUUCUUGGGGAUAAGGCCCAGGCAACUAUGUGGCCCCUAAAGAUCAAACCCGGACCCCAAACCAUCAGCUCUAUCAGCUACUGGCUCUCUCGGUACAAGGGCACCCAUGGGACACCCCCACUAUUGCACACCACCAUUUAGUCAUGUAAUGAAACGUAUUUAUCUGAUUUUGGAUUUAUUUUCUGAAGUUGAAGACUCCUAUGAAAAAUUGAUAUUGAAGGUUGUUUUUCUGCCAGAUCUGCGGAGUCAAUUAAGUAUAAUAAUAAAUGUAAUUUGGAUAGGAUUUAAACUAAUAAUGAGCUCUCCUUCAGUUCUGGACCUUGUCUCUCAGUCUUCUAUUAAUCUUAAAUCUUUAAAGUCAUGUUUACAGUCAUUUGGAGGUGGCGUAAUCCCUCUCUCUGCCCUAGUGGCCUCUCCUAUUUCUCCAUUGACUUGCACGCCAUCACUGCUGCUACCACCAGAGACAUUAUCUUGAUAAACUAAACAAACCAAUUACCAAGGCACACCCACCCCACUUGUUAUAUAAUACAAGUAAGUUACUGUUGGCUGGGGUUAGAUUUUAUUGCAAAAUAACCCACAUUGUUUUUAUUUGAAUGCUUGUUAAGCUCAUCAAUGCAACUUUUGCAGAAUGAGUUUGAUUUACUUUAAGCCGCUUCAAUUUACAAUCAAAACCCAUUACUUUGAUUAAGGCAAGGAAUUAUAAAUAAUUCAACGACAUAAAUUAACUAAAGCUGAUAUCCAAUCUCCAAAAAUGCUAAAUUGGUACACACACAUAUUACUAUAGUGGUUUAUUAUUAUUACUGUAGUGUACAGUACAGAUUGCUGUAAAUUUUGCAAAUUUGCUCAAAAACCUAUUUUUAGAUUUAAUUUUUGCAAAUAUACAUGUACACUGUGUGCCAUGACUGACAUCUUAAAUUGUUAAUGUAGGUUUUAUCUGCCAAAUUUAUAGUAUUCUAAAUAAUAUUAUGCGGAGUAAUUAAUUUACAUGUAUUUGUUGUUAUUUUUAGAUGAUACUUUAGUGUGUUACAUAAAUGUUUUCUCGUUAUAUCAGAGUGUCCCUCCAGCAUUAUACAUGAAUAAUGGCUCACUUCAGUUACUACCAAUAAGAGUGAUAAUGAAUGAAGGAAUACCCUUUAACCAUUUAUUUUUAACUGAGGGUGCAUCUUGAACAAUAGCAAUGAAUUAUUAAUUCAAUUUCACAAUUUAUGUGUAAUUUGUGUAUAGUUAGGGAGUAAUAUAUAUGUUGGUAAGUACAUGUCUACAUACAUUGUACAUAUGUUUAUUUAUUUAUAAUUUAUUUUUUAUGUAGAUCCUAAAAGCAUUCAAUAGAAACAAUAACAAUGAAAUGCAAUUGGUAGUCUUACAGCCCCAGACGAGUAUAGUUGUACUUUGCAUCAAAUCUCCCCUGCAUACUCACCAAUAUAUGAUCAUAGAUAUUAAAUGAUAUUAAUUUUUUUUUCAUUUACUCUAUUAUCUAUGAUAAUUAUGAUGAAGUGGUAUAGGCCCCUCCCAGUGACACACCUACUUUAGUAGAGACUGGUGCAGAGUCUAGACUAGUAACAGAUGAUGAAGUGUUCAUUCAUACCAGUCUAAUAUGAUGUCUUUUCCAGUUCAUGCUCUCCUCCGGUCCUCCCCUCUCUUCUUCUCUCACUUGGGACUUAAUGACUCAAUGGAGUUCAUUAACUCCACACUUUGGCAUCCCCUCUACGCUAAUGGAUUCAAUUAAGAAACGUAUGGUACAAAUAUUACUUCGUUUUGAAUUUUACUAUUAUUUCAAAAUUGAAGAAGAAGAGGAAUAUGUAACAGAAACGGUGGUGCAGUUGCUCAGAGGUUAUUAUUCUCCAACAAUAAUGGGCAAACUAUUAGAGGAUGUCAUAGUGUCUGAAUACAGUGUAAAGUGCUUUGCUUUGUUAAGAAGAAUUUUUGAGGAUUUAAUGAUACCAUUACCAUCAUGUCUCUGCUCUCCUUCCUCGUCUGUCCCCGUUACACCAGUGUCCUUGUUCAAGGACAACUUCAGUGAAGAGGAGAAGUGUAAGUCUCCUACUGAGGCUACUAUAUCAGAAGAACCAAUACUGAAGACUACUAGUUUAGCACGAAGGGCCAUUUUUCAAGGACUGGCAUAUCAAAGAAAUCCAAAGUUUGUAGUAGAUCAAAGACAGUUUGUAGAAGGAGUUUGUUCACUAGCAAUAGAGGAGUGAAAAACAUGACAGAGGAAAGAAAAGACUCAGGGAAAAACUAAAGGAUGAUGUGCUUGUAAUAGACACCCCAAA